AUGUUCUCACGCGUUGGAUUAUUACGGCCGCCAAUGCCCGAAAACAUCAAGAGCGGAGCUACUCGUACUGUUGAUGCAGAGCUCGCUAUUGGAUUCGCUACGUUUCAUGAGAGCUACAUGAGCGAAGUGAGUAUGCAUCCCGACGAUUGGGUCUCUGCGCGCGCCAAGCAGUCAUCAUUGUUCAAACAGCUAAGCACGACGUGGCAUUUUCAUACCAUCACACCCGAAGGCACUGCGCCACGCACAAAGGUUAAAUUUGAACUUCAAUUUGAAUUUGCUAACCCUUUUUAUGCCACGCUGACUGGCCAAAUCUUUGAGAAACUCUCGGCAAGCAUGAUCGAAGCGUUCCGAAAGCGGGCGGAGGCAGUGUACGGCCACCGCACUUAG